AUGAAAGUGGACGUUGCCCGUCUGGGUGCACGGCUCAUCUGUCUGGUUUCUGCAUUGACAGUAUGCUUCACAUUGAUCAGUUUCAUUCAUAUUUCAUCGAAAAUUCAGAAGACUGAAAAUGAAAUUUUGGGGAAACAAGCGGCUUUCAAGGCGAAAUCUCAAGUGAUCUGGGCGGAGCUCAUCGAGACCGGUAGAACUCUUCGUAUUCCAAGAAAUGCCUAUGGAGCAUCUGAAGAGAAAAAGGGAAUCUUGCAUCAAUGUAGUCAAUGUACCCGUCUUCAUUGCCCACAAGGACCAAUUGGAGAAGAGGGAUCACCUGGAAACGACGGUCAACCGGGUACUCCUGGAAAGCCUGGAUCUCCAGGAUUAGAAGGAACUGAUGUUGAUCUAGAGCCUCAAGAUGAACUUCCUUGCUCAAUCUGUCCAUCUGGGCCACAAGGACCACGUGGAGCACAAGGAGAACGUGGACUUCCAGGAAACCCAGGAAGAAAAGGAAAGUCUGGAAAAUCUGGACAUCCAGGACAACCAGGAGGAUUGGGAGCAAGUGGAGCAAAGGGACCAACUGGGCCACGUGGAACAAACGGAUUGAAAGGACCACCAGGGGACACUAUUAUUGCUGGAGAAGGAAUCAAGGGACCACCAGGAAUGGCAGGAUCACAGGGACCAAAGGGACCACCGGGUAAUCCUGGAAGAUCUUCGAAUAUCAGAGGACCACCAGGAAAGGCUGGACAGCAAGGAGGUAUUGGAGCUACUGGAAAGUUCGGUAAAUUCGGAGAGCAAGGAGGAAUCGGAGCACCAGGAGAGCCAGGUCUUCCAGCUGCAUACUGCCCAUCUGAUUGUGGAGUUAACACUAUUCUCUCUCAAUUCGGUGGCCGUGCUCAACACCCAGAAUCCAUUAAUGGAGAAGAUAAUGGAGCACCAGCCUCCUCGAAUCAAGAAGAAUAUGCACAAGAGGAACCAGUUGAAGCUUCACCUGCUCCACCUGCACCACAACCAACUGUUCAACAACAACAAGAGACUGCUGCAGCUGAAGAAUCUUUCGAGGAAUCUUCUUAUAGAAGCUUCUUUGGACAUUAA